AUGGCUCUCGACGAAAAGAAACACGACGUUAUUUUAACUGAUGAUGAAUUAUCAAGAAAAGUUAUCGAUGGAACUGUGUCUGGAAAUGAAGUAACCAUACUCGAUUAUGUCAAUUUGAAAAAGCUGCCAGAAUUUGCGGAUUUGAACACUCAAGUUACAGCGAUUGUUAACCAAAGCUCGUGGUGGGAACUCUAUGGUAUCGACUGGCUGGUAACUCUCCAAGGAGUACUGGGUUCUUUUUUGGCCUAUUGGUUGAUGGGGCUGGAUUCGAUCCUCUACUUUGGACUGGGUAUAGUCUUGUUAGGAAUUUGUCAUUCUGUUUUGGCCACCAAAGCGGGUCACUGUGCUGCCCAUGGAGCGUUUUGUGUAUCUCCAGCUUGGAAUCGGUUCUGGACAGUAUUUUUUGUGGAGUUUAUUGGAUCCUUCUCUGCUGAUGUUGCGGUGGAUAUUCACAUUAAAAGUCACCACCCCCAUACGAACAUCAUCGGCAUGGGAGACUCCAGUACAUUUAGGAUGCCGAUGAUUCCUUGCAUACCAUACUUGUUCAUCACGCCGUUAUGCGUCCCGAUACUGACGCCUGUCGUUGGAGCUUUAACGUUAUUGGACAAACCGCUAAAAUUAAUACGAAUGCUCAUUAUUGUAAUCCUAGGUCUUUCCACCAACAUCUACUUCAUGACGACAAUUUCUGGUCUUUCUCUCUGGCAAGCUGUCAUCUGCACAUUUGUCAGCAGGUCGAUCAUGGGAAUUCCGUAUAUUCACAUAAAUAUUUUUCAACACAUCGGCUUGCCCAUGUAUUCUCGGGAUAACAGGCCCAAACGAAUAUAUCUGAUGUCCACUGCAGUUCUCAAUCUGCCACGGAACAUAAUCCUGGAUCGUGCUUUUGGACAUGGAAUAAUCAAUUGUCAUGUUGAACACCACCUAUUUCCACGCCUCAGUGACAAUAUGUGUUUAACAAUCAAACCCAUAGUUUCUUCAUUCCUCAAGAAUAACGGGCUUCCGUAUAAUGAAAAAACCUACUUGAACCGGCUGAAACUGUUUGUGAACAAAUAUGAAGAACUUAUGGUCAAUGCUCCGCCAAUAACACAUUUCGUUGGACUGCAAUAA